GUGUGAGUAACAUUUACUAAAGGAGAUUAUAUCUAAGAUGGAAGAAAGAAUUAUUUUUUAUUAUUUUCUUGUUUUAUUGUUUUAGAAUUAUGUCUUAUCCUCAGUACAAUUCAUAUCUAUCUAACCUUGAAUCUCUUGUAUUUGAUUCACCUAAUGAAGUAGUUCAAACAGAAAAAGAUGUUGCAGAUGAAUUAGAUUUAUGGACAAAUGCUCAAUUUUCAUUUGAUGUAAAGCCUGGAGUUGGCAUUUAUGAAGAUGAAAAGAAAAGUAAGGAAACAAGUCCUGCAACUCAAUUUGAGUCUGCAUCAGGUUUAGACCCUGUAACAUAUAAUACACUUGUCAAUUAUCUUGACUAUGAAUUACCUCAGCGACAACAAAUUGAAGUUAAUGUACCUAGUCAACCACAAAAAUCACAAUCCCCUCCUACUAAAAAGCAACGUUUAAUUCAACCUCGUCCUUUAGCGCCUGCUUUACCUACUUUAGCGCCUAAUGUUCCUUUAGUUUCUACUACUCGUCAAGUAUUGAUGCCUAAACCACCUAUGGCCAAUACAACUCAUAUAUUAUCUCCACUCUUAAUAACACCUACUACAACAGUUAAUAAGAAGAAGAGUCUAAAUGAUAACAAAAAGGCUAAAUCAGAAGAAGGAAAAGAAGUGAUUCCAGAUGAAGAUAAACGCCGUCGUAAUACUGCUGCAAGUGCUCGUUUCCGUAUCAAAAAGAAGUUACGUGAACAAGCAAUGGAACAAUCUGUACGUGAAAUGACAACUAAAUCAGAACAACUUCAAGACCGUAUUAACCAUCUCGAAACAGAAAUCAAGUUCCUUCGAAGCUUAUUACUGAAUAAGUCAAAUUAGUUAGUCUAUUAUACAAUCUUGUAUAAUAUCUCGUAUCAAUGCUCUUUUCCCUUCCCCCUUUUUAUAAUUCAACAUCAACUGUAAAUAUUUUCAACAAUAUACUUCUUUAUUGUAAUUCAACAUUGCUUUUAUAACUUAAUUCAACAUUAUUAAAUAAAAUAAAUAAUCUUCUUUUUUUCUUGAAGGAUUUUAAUUGGACAG